CAUAUAGUAACAUUUCACACUAUCUAAAAAAUUCAUUAAUCAAAUAAAUAUUCAGACAUCACUGCAAUUUUUAAAGAAUUAAAUAAUAAUUAAGUAACUGAAAGAGCUUAAUAGAAAAUUCGAUUGCUGUAAGGAUAAAAAAAAAUCAGGGAUUGUGUACAAUGAAAAGAAAACGUGAUUUCAUUGAAGACUCAAGUACUGAGGACGAAAAUUUAAUGGAUUCUUUAUUUGAUCGUGAAAGCGAUACAACUGAAGAUUUAUUCAAUUCAACUGAUUCAACAAUAUUUGACUGGACUGAUGAGGAACAAGACAAUACUGAUAAUUUGAAUACCAACGAUGAAACCGAUGAAAGAAAUUCAGAAUCGCCAAUAAUAGCACCACAAGAUGACGAUCUAAUGAACUUGUAUAAAAAUACGAUAAUGUUUAAAAAUUCUAAUUUAUCCAUUUGGCAAGUAUUUACGGCUGUAAUGGCUAUAGUGAUACGUUUCAACUUGUCAGAUCAAGCACAUCAGGCUAUUUUAGAAUUGAUAAAAUUUAUAGCUGGACCCGAUUUCAAAUUCUUGGAUACUUCCAAGUAUUUGAUGAAUAAACUUUUCAAUCCUUUAAAUGAUGCUGCUAAGUAUAUAUACUACUGCACUACAUGUAAUGUAACCAUAAGCACUCAGAUACCAGUGAAUAAAAGUAUGCGAUUCGAAGUAAAGUGUCAACAAUGUCAAAAGAAGUACCAAACAACCAAAAAAGACGGAAACUUUUUUGUCACCCUCGACUUAAAGUCGCAAUUGCAUCAUAUUCUGUCAAAUCAAUAUCUUCAGAAUGAAAUCGACAAAAAUAUUGAUAAUAACUUCGAUGCGAAUGUAGGUAAUGGAAUUAAUGAUGUAUAUGACAGUGAACGAUAUCGAAAUGAUGAAUUUAUUCAAUCAAAAAACAGUAUCGGUGAGAAAGUAUUAACGUUAAAUGUAAAUCUCGAUGGAGCACCAUUAUUUAAAAGCGGGAAAAAUAGUUUUUGGCCAAUUCAAUGUAUAAUUAAUGAGAUUCCACAAGUGAUACGUCAUAAAUUUAUGCUUUUGGCUGGAUUAUGGUACACAUCAACUGAACCUAAACCACAGUUUAUGAAUCUUUACCUAAGCACUUUCAUCAAACAAAUUCAAAAUUUAACAAAGAAAGGUUUGAAAGUUGUAAAUAUUGAUAAUACGUUAACAACUUACUUUGUAAAAAUUUUCUGUUUUCCUGUUGAUUCUGUGGCACGACCUGUUUUGCAAAACCGAUUGCAAUUUAAUGGGUUUCAUGGAUGCAGUUGGUGUUACCAACGAGGGAUACACAACUCUGGAAGCAUGAAAUAUCCAGUAACGCCGGAAAUUCCGCAACAACGAGACCAUUGUAAUUACCUCAAAGACGUCGAAAAGCAUAAAAAAGAUAUCAAAAAAAUCCGUAAAACUAAAAAAAACGAGAAAUAUACAGUUAAUGGUAUAAAGGGACCUAGUGUUUUGUCGUCACUUCCAAAUUUCGAUUGUAUCUGGGGUUUUCCUCAUGACUACAUGCAUGCAGUGUUAUUAGGAGUAACUCGUCAGCUUUGGAACAGAUGGAGUAAAAAUUUUCUAACAGCAAACCAAAAAAAAUUGAUAAAUGCACGUCUAACUAAUAUACGCCCAACAAAUGAAAUUCAUCGAACUCCACAAAUGCUGUUAAAGAAGAGAACGUGGAAAGCGACGGAGUGGCGUUCUUGGCUAUUAUUCUACAGCGUCCCAGUCUUGAGUGGAAUACUUCGAGAAGAUUUGUUAGAUUCAUACAAGCUAUUGGUGAAAAGUAUUUAUAAACUUCUUUCAGUGAAUUUAGGUGAGGAUCAACUUUUAACAUGUGAAAUAGAUCUUCUGAACUUCGUAUGUGACUGUCAAAAAUUUUAUCAAGUUUCUUUUAUUACUUUUAAUGUCCAUUCUUUACUUCAUAUAGUCGAAAGUGUACGUAAAAAUGGUCCAUCGUGGGCAACGUCUACUUAUGCAUUUGAAAAUAAUAUAUAUAAUUUGAAACGGAAAGUAUCUGGUCCCAAUGAAGUUCUCAAUCAGAUGGCUAAUCGUACGCUUCGCUAUAACAACUUCCAGCGAAUGAUUUAUGAUGAGGCUAACAUUUCCUGUCGAGAAUUUUAUAAGAAAAUAAUAGAUAAAAGACAAAGCAAUGCAUGUAACUUCGUAAAAAGUAAAGACGGCGCAUUAAUGAUGGAUAUUGUAAAUCAGUCAUCAACAGGGUCUAUUUCAUAUUACAGUCGUUGCUUAAUUAAUAGUAAAAUGUAUCACAGCCAAAUGUAUAAUAAAGCUAAAAAGACGAAUAAUUCAUUUAUGAAAUUGAUGGAUGGUAGAAUGGCCCAAAUCAUGCGAUUUUUGAUUAAAGAUAACUCUGCUUUCGUAGAAGCUUGCAUUCUGGAUGUUGAAAUGAUGGAACAAUGUAACCAUUUGUGGACAAUUAUGGAACGUGCAAAUGAAACAAUAAUAUUGCCAGUAACUAUGAUCAACAGCAAAAUGAUUUACAUAUCUAUAAAAGCAUUGACAAGUAAUGAAAGAAAUCAGAACUACUUAACACAACAACCGAAUGACUUUGAAGUUCAGUAGUGCACUAAUCACAUUGGGGAUGUAACUUUGUAAAUAAACAAUAAUUCUGAAUAUGUAACUUGAUUUAAAAAUAAACUUGUUUUCAUUGAAAAUUAUGUAAACUUAAAAAACUUAAAAUUAUGUAAAAU